UCUGCCCGGGGCGGGCUCAUACCCUAUUCUGGAUGACUGGGAGCCAGCAGAGGCUGCCUGGGGCAGUUGAGUCUUCUUGAUCCAGCCCGACUCCUGGAAUCCUCAGAAACGAAAGACCAGAGGAAGACUCUCCAUCUACCAGCUGGACACCUCCUCCCCAUUGCCAGCCCCCACCCUCUGGCUGCUGCUGCCCCGGAAAGGCCUAGAGGAAGAGGCCAAGGAAACAGCCUUGUCCACUCUCCCUUGACCCUGCAUUCACCCAGCACCAGCAUCUGAAGACCCCAUGGCCCGGGCUCGCUGGGGUGGCCACCCCUGGCUUGUCCUCCUCUGUGCUUAUGCCUGGGGCCACCCAAAGUCACUGGACCAGAGAGACGAUGUGAGAAACUGUUCCAUCAGCCCUCCGUACCUUCCAGUUACUGCGGUCAAUACCACAGCGCGGCUCACAGCCCUCCGCCAGCAGAUGUACACCCAGAAUCUCUCUGCCUACAUCGUCCCCGACACGGAUGCCCACAUGAGCGAGUACAUUGGUGAAUAUGACCAGAGGCGUGUGUGGAUUACAGGCUUUACAGGGUCUGCAGGAGUCGCAGUGGUGACCAUGGGGAAAGCCUCUCUCUGGACCGACAGCCGCUAUUGGACGCAGGCUGAGCGGCAAAUGGACUGCAACUGGGAGCUUCAUAAGGAAGUUGGCACCACUCCCGUUGUUACCUGGCUCCUCACCGAGAUUCCUGUCGGAGCACGUGUGGGCGUUGACCCCUUCCUCUUCUCCAUCGACUCCUGGGAGAGUUAUGACGUGGCCCUACAAGACUAUGACAGAGAGCUGGUGUCCAUCACUGUCAACCUUGUGGACCUGGUGUGGGGGUCAGAGAGGCCUCCAGUGCCAAAUGAGCCCAUUUAUGCCCUGCAGGAGGCAUUCACAGGGAGCACCUGGCAAGAGAAAGUAGCUGGCAUCCGUAGCCAGAUGCAGAAGCAUCCUGAGGCCCCAACUGCCGUCCUUCUGUCCGCACUGGAUGAGACAGCCUGGCUCUUCAACCUGCGUGGCAGUGACAUCCCUUAUAAUCCCUUCUUCUAUUCCUACACACUGCUCACCGACUCCUCCAUCAGGUUAUUUGCAAACAAGAGUCGCUUUAGCUCUGAGACCUUGCAGUACCUGAACUCUGGCUGCACGGGUCCCCUAUGUGUGCAAGUCGAAGACUACGGCCAAGUCCGUGACAGUGUCCAGGCUUACACCUCAGGAGACGUGAAGGUCUGGAUCGGGACCAGCUAUACCUCAUAUGGGCUCUAUGAAGUGAUACCCAAGGAGAAGCUUCUAGCAGACACCUACUCUACAGUGAUGGUGACCAAGGCGGUGAAAAACAGCAAGGAGCAAACCCUCCUCAGGGCCAGUCAUGUGCGGGAUGCUGUGGCUGUGAUCCGCUACUUGGUCUGGCUGGAGAAGAAUGUGCCCCAAGGCACCGUGGAUGAGUUCUCAGGGGCAGAACAACUGGAGAAGUUCCGAGGAGAGGAAGAUUUCUUCUCCGGAUCCAGUUUUGAAACCAUCUCUGCAAGUGGCCUGAAUGCCGCCCUGGCCCACUACAGCCCCACCAAAGAGCUGCACCGCAAGCUGUCCUCUGACGAGAUGUACCUGCUGGAUUCUGGGGGACAAUACUGGGACGGGACAACAGACAUCACCAGGACAGUCCACUGGGGUACCCCCUCAGCUUUCCAAAAGGAGGCAUACACCCGUGUGUUGAUAGGAAAUAUCGACCUGUCCAGACUCGUCUUCCCAGCUGCUACCUCAGGGCGAAUGGUGGAGGCCUUUGCCCGAAAAGCCUUGUGGGAUGUUGGGCUCAAUUAUGGUCACGGGACAGGCCACGGCAUUGGCAACUUCCUAUGUGUGCACGAGUGGCCAGUCGGAUUCCAGUCCAACAACAUUGCCAUGGCCAAGGGCAUGUUCACUUCCAUUGAACCUGGCUACUAUCUGGAUGGAGAAUUUGGGAUCCGUCUGGAAGAUGUGGCCCUUGUGGUAGAAGCAAAGACCAAGUACCCAGGGACCUACCUGACCUUUGAAGUGGUAUCCUUGGUACCCUACGACCGGAACCUCAUUGAUGUCAGCCUGCUGUCCCCUGAGCAGCUCCAGUACCUGAACCGCUACUACCAAAUCAUCCGUGAGAAGGUGGGCCCGGAGCUGCAGCGGCGCCAGCUUCAGGAGGAGUUCUCCUGGCUACAGCGGCACACAGAGCCCCUGACCGCCAGGGCGGUGCCCACCGCCUCCUUGGCCCCUCUGGUGACUGUCUCUGUUCUCACUAUCCUAGGCUGGAGUGUCUAGUGUCUGAGACUCCCCGCCUGACCCUCUCACUCAACUCCCCUCACCCCACAACACCCAUGCCCCAAGAGCCCCCGCUGGCCCAUUGCCUGGAAACCACUGCCCUCAGCCUCCUUCUCCAGAACCAAGCCCUAGGGGUGUGCGGCUUCUUGGUCACUGUCAGCACCUCCCCCCAGCCCCUCUCUGCCCUACACUCCCACCCUCAGGCUGGGACAUUUCACCCUCAGCUCCCAACCCCUAGCCCCUGGAUACAAGAGCCAGGUGGUCCCCUUUCCUCCUGUGAGUCCAGCAGACCAGCCACUGACUUGGCAGAGCCUGUUACCCACCUUUUUCCCAGCUUCAAAAGAUCAAUACAAGACAGCACCCUACCUCCCAGGAGCUCCAAGGCCCUGUGAGAGCCCCACUCUGUCACACCUGCUGGAUACAGCCUGACCUACACUGGCUCCUGACUUGUCGGUAUUCCCGCACCCUUGAGGCUGCCACUGGCCUCCCGCCCUGGCCCUGACCCUACAGUGGCCUCCUGGCUGCAGUCCACAGGCUGAAGGAACAAUUGCUGCCUCCAGGCUGCUGUGCCCCUGGAGGGAGAGGAAGGGAUGGCAGCCGAAUCCUUUGGCUGUGUUACUGCCACUCCGGGGUCAGACAGACCAGCCCCCCUACCCACCCAUGUGUAAGCACAUCACUCCUAAACCCUGGGUGGGCUCCAUGCCUACUGACAGCAUAGGGAGUUAAGCCAUAGGAAUCUACCAGGGGAUAGGAGGGGACUCUGGAAUGUGGCCCUACUCGAAGUUGGUAACAACCUGAGCAACUCUACACAAUCACUACCCUGGACUUCCCAGCAUGUGGAUCACCCAGUGAGCUUUCCAGCACAGCCACUGGGACCAUGCUGAAAAAUCCUCCAGCAUCCUUGGAUGGUCAUUAGCCUGUGUAAGUGAAAUCUGGUCUCCCCAUUUUACAGAUAGGAGAACUGAGUUCCAGAUGGGGUAAGACCUGCCCAAGGACACACUGUGUUUGGUGGGAAUAUGGUGGGACCAGAAUGGGUCAGCAGUCCGAUCUUUUGCCCCUUGGUACCAUGCAGAAUGCCAUAGCCUACCUGCCAGCCCUUUCCAGGUUCGCCGAACCAGCGGCUGGGGCAGGGGGGACGAUAGGGAAGGGCUGUCCCUGGCCAAAUGAACCGUUAGCCACCUGGGCUCACAUCCUGCUAAAGGCUUGAAACAGCCUGGCAAUGAAGCCUGCCUCUGGGUUUUGCAUUGUCUGCUGUGCAGCCAGGGACUGCUGUUACCUGUGGCUUUUGUGGUGGGGGAGGAAGGGGAGGAGGUGAGGUGGGGGCGGGGACGUGAGGCUCCCAGAAGCUCAGUUGGGGACCACAUGUGCUUGAGAAGGUGCAAGUGAGCAUGCGUGCGUGUACGUGGAUUCGCAUGCAUGCCACGCCCAGCCAACCACCUCCUGUGGUAAAGGUUGUAGCUUUGUUGACAGAACCAGGGGAGCCCCAUGCUGGGGGACUUGUCAAAGGUGGUCCUGGAAAUUUGGGGCCAGUGCCAAGGGAGCACAGUCAGGGGAGGAGAAAAGGAGAACUCUGGGGCAGAGUGCUGAGCAAGGGCACCCGGCUGAGGAGUCCCCUGGGUGGGACCACCAAGCCUAGCUUGCCAAGUGUGAGGGUGACCUGUGACAGUUAUCACCACCAGUGCUUGCACCCAAAGGCCCCAGCUCUGAGCCAUCCUCACUGAGAGCCUGUAGCACCCCAUGGUGGGCCCCUGUUUUCUGAGUCAUUUGCUCCCUCACAAGCUCACCCCACAAAGACAGGUAGUCAUAAUAAAAUGAGUCGCCAUCAUGGUCAUCAAACCUAC